AUGGGCAGGAACCCAAAGCCAGACUUCCUCCGCAGGAUCCCCUCCAAGCUCCUCCAGGCAGAGCUCUAUGAGGAGUGGAUCAGCGCCCUGCAGAAGGACAGCAGGCAGGAGAAGCUGGCAGCGCUCAAAGAGGUGGCCAGCAAGUUGCCCCAAAGCAACCUCCUGCUCCUCAAGCAGUUGCUGUCCUUGCUGAAAGCCAUCAGCAGCAACGUGGGCACCAGCAGGAUGAGUGCUGCCAACCUGGCCAUCUGUGUGGGGCCAAACCUGCUCAGCCCACCUGAGGAGCAGACCCUCCCCCUCGACGUCCUAGUGAAGGUGACGCAGAAGGUCACGCAGCUGGUCGAGUUCCUCAUUGAACACCACGAGGAACUCUUGGAG